AUGACUGGUGCGCUCACAGGACAUCAACCACUUCACGGUUUCUGUGGCUUCGUUCAGAACCGGAUCAUCACAGAGUGGAUCCGUGCAACUGUGGAGCAUCAAGGAGAAGAGAACGCCUCCAAUGCAUUAUCGAUAAUCAGACCAGUCACUGGGUCCCUCUCAGGGAAGGUAAACCUUCCCUGCUUCUUCUCCACCAUCCCAACCUCAGCACCAGUCGUCAGUCCCAAUGGAACAGCCAUUUAUAGCAGAGAUUAUUUGCGGAUCAAAUGGACCAAAAUAGAGGGUAAAGUAGAAUCCACAGUGCUGGUGGCACAAAAUGGGGUCAUCAAAAUAGGCUCCAGCUACAGGAACCGUGUAUCAGUGCCCAGUCACCCUGAGGAUGUAGGCGACGCCUCACUGACCAUGGUCAAGCUGCGUGCCAGUGACGCGGGCACUUAUCGCUGUGAGGUCAUGUAUGGCAUUGAGGACACCCAGGAUACAGUUAACCUCGAUGUUAACGGUGUUGUGUUUCACUACCGGGCAAGCACCAGCAGGUAUACCUUGGAUUACCAAAAGGCUGUCCAAACUUGCCAAAAUAUUGGAGCAACCAUUGCCACGUUUGACCAACUGAGAGCAGCCUAUGAGGAUGGGUUUGAUCAAUGUGAUGCUGGCUGGAUUGGCGACCAGACAGUGAGGUACCCAAUUACAAAGCCAAGAAAGGGCUGCUAUGGCAACCUUAAGACUAAACCUGGUGUUAGGUCAUAUGGGACCAGGAAACCCACGGAGACCUAUGAUGUAUACUGUUACGCAGACAAACUUGAUGGUGAAGUGUAUUAUGCUCCAGUGACCCAUAAGAUGACUUUUGAGGAGGCCAGUGAAGAGUGUAAGAAGAGGAGUGCUGUCCUGGCAAACCCUGGGCAGCUCCAUGCUGCCUGGCGACAUGGUCUGGACAGAUGUGACUAUGGCUGGCUUGCCGAUGGCAGUGCACGUCAUCCUGUUGCAGUACCCAGAAUGCAGUGUGGGGGAGGCCUGCUCGGCGUUAGGACCAUGUACCGUUACAGAAACCAGACUGGCUUCCCAGAACCAACUAAAAAGCUUGGAGCUUACUGUUUUCAAGAAGUUCACUCGUGUUCAGAAAACAUUUGUCUGAAUGGAGGAUCAUGCUACAAGAGUGGCAGCAUCUACGUGUGUAGCUGUGCUCCUGGUUACAGCGGUGAUCACUGUGAAACAGAUAUUGAUGAGUGCCUGUCAAACCCUUGCCGCAAUGGAGGUACAUGUGUUGAUGGGCUGGCUUCCUUCACAUGUGUGUGCCUCCCAAGCUACUCUGGGCUGUAUUGUGAAGAGGAUACAGAAACAUGUGACUAUGGCUGGCAUAAGUUUCAGGGCCACUGCUACAAGUACUUCCCCAGCAGAAGAAACUGGGACACAGCAGAGAGAGAGUGUCGCAUGCAGGGGGCUCAUCUCACCAGCAUCCUCUCCCACGAAGAGCAAGAGUUUGUUAAUCGUCUUGGACAGGACUACCAGUGGAUCGGCCUGAAUGAUAAGAUGUUUGACAGUGACUUCCGCUGGACUGACGGCAGGCCUAUGCAAUAUGAAAACUGGAGGCCCAACCAGCCCGACAGCUUCUUUUCUUCUGGCGAGGACUGUGUAGUGAUGAUAUGGCAUGAAGACGGCCAGUGGAAUGAUGUUCCCUGCAACUAUCAUCUCACCUUCACCUGCAAGAAGGGCACAGUGGCCUGUAACCAGCCCCCUCUGGUGGAGAAUGCACGUACCUUUGGUAAGAAGCGUGAGAGAUAUGAAAUCAACUCGCUGGUGAGGUACCAGUGCCGGAGAGGCUUUAUUCAAAGGCACGUCCCAACUAUCCGUUGUCGUGGGGAUGGACGAUGGGAUAGCCCUAAAAUCUCCUGCAUGAAUCCAUCAAGCUAUCAGAGGACCUUUGUCAGAAGACAUCAACACAAUGGUCUCUACAGCAUCAACAACUUCAAGAGAUGGCCGAAUGAGGCCUUCCGCUUUCACCAUCAGCGCUACCGGGGAAAGAGAGACAGGACUGAACAUAAGCGGAAGAGACAGUGAUUGCCAUGUUACAUGGCACAGCUUUGUGUAAAGAUGAAAAGGAUUCUCAAAAAAAAAGCACAAGAGAAAACUCAUCAAAGAAACCAAGAGAAUAACCUGCAGUUUUCUUGCAUUUUGGAUGACGAUGGAAUCUUAUGAAGUGCCUUUUAAAGAGAUGUUGACGCAUGACUUUUCUUAUCAAGGGGGACUGUUUUAUAACGAUGUCAAUGUAGAUAGAAUACUUUCAGCUGGCUACUGGAAAAGCAAAAAGUACAUUCAUCAUUAUUUUUUAAACUGCAGAUGUUUUUUUCUUUGUCCUUAGCGUUUCAAAUCAUACAGUCAUGGCUGUUGUCUAUUACCUUUGUACACCAACUGUGCUAUUUAAAAUCACCGUAAGUGUUCCUUAUUCAUAGAAAAAAAAGUGAAAUUUUAGCUCAUCAUGUUAUCGUGCUGUUUUAAGCUGGACUUCAUUUUAAUGAUCAUGCAUGCAUAUGCAUACAUAUAUUGAAGUCCUCAAAUUGUUAACUAUGAUUAUUCUAUGUCAAGAGAUCCAAGUUAGGCUUCUCAGAACACAAAUAGAGGCAUCAGUGGCAAUGACUGAUUAUGCAAAGGAAUAAUUGUUUACAUUAGUAGAAUAUUAGUAGUAGUUAUAGUAGUUUUUCAGAUUCCAGAUUAAUACACCCACACAAUUGCUCAGUUAACUGCUGGAGACCUUCUUUGUGGUGGCAGCUUUCAAAGUCCUAAAUAACCACCUUUCAUUAGCUCCAGCCUUUUCUGGAUGCCGUUGAUGUCAUGUCAAAAUAAAAUUUUAUGGAUAGACCUUUAAUUGAGAGAACAUUUGAAAACUUACUGACAUUUCUUUUGUAUGAUAUUUCGAUAUUUUAUAUGAGAGAAUGCUCUCUAAGUACUUACCAACAAAGCCUUUAUCCACUGAUGGAAACUGAUGCCCAUCAAUUAUUUUAAAAUGAAAGAAGGGAUGUGUGGCUCAAGUAGCCUGUAUUUUCUGCUUGUGUGUUCAGUGAUAAUACACUUAUAUUAAUUACAAUAAUUUCCAAUUAGUUGUUGCAGCAUGUUUACAAUAACUGUUAUGCUGUUCAUAAUUACACACCAAAGAGUCUUGCUUUCAUCUGUUGCAGUUGUGAUGUAGCUUGUGAUGGUUUUAUACUUUUCUUCUGCACACUUAACUUUUCUGUUACCGUGGUCCCUUGGAAUCAGCCAUUGAGAGAAUGUAUUUUGUGAAACACUCAAAAAGACUUGAACGUAACUGGCUGUUUAGGCAGAGAUGCAUAUAAUUUAUUUUCAAGCUGCUCUUGAUCUCUUUACUUGUUUUAUACUGACAGGUAAAAUAUGAUGGUGUCAUCUGACCCAGCAGUGCUCUUCAUAUAUUAUUAUUGCAUGUUAAACAGGAGACAAGCCACAAUCACAGACUGUCUAAAUUGUUUGCAUUAAAGAUGGAAAAUUAUGGUACGAUGGAUUUAUAUGUCUUUUUACAUCUUUAAUGCAGGCAGUGCACCAAAUAAUACGGGGGGCCCAAUCGGCUGCAAUAAUGUUGUUCUGUAACAUUAACAAAAUAUUUGUGGAUGGCUACAUGUGUCACCUCCAUUUGUUUUUAUGGGAAAAAUAUGUUUGUUUUAUCUGCCUGUGAAUGUUUGUGUGUGCACAUAUGUUUCAGCCUUAAUGUGCAUAUAAUAUCAUUUUAUA